AAAUUUCAAGAAGACACGCAUUUAUGACGAUGUCUCUUCGAUCCUGGCAUGAGCCGCUCUGCCAUAUGGCUGCUAGCUCUCGAUUGACUCGUCUUUCCUGACUGACGUGCAGGAUGCUGGAGCUCCUCUGAGGGCGCUUUCUCUGGAUUUUCCUUCCCCUUUCAGGAAAAAAAAAAGACGAGCGAAGUUCUCCCCCUGUGACGAGAUCAUUUUCAACUCAUCCGUUCACCCCUAAACUUCCAAAAAUGGUCUCCCUCGCUUCGGCUCGAAACAAACCGGGAUAACGACGAGAGAAGCUAGGAGACGACACCCCUACCGACGACGGCCAGUGUCACUUUCCCCCGCCGGAGGCAGCCCUGGCUCUGGAUUUAUUUUUGUUUUGUUUUAACCGCUGAAAUUGAUGCAUAUUGGGGAGUCCAUGAGAGAGUGCGAGUACAGUCAGAUUAGCACUCGCAGCUCUACGCCGAUGGAGACCCCGCACAAGAAGAGGAGCCCAAAGAGGAAGAAAUGGGAGGCCUUCCCGGGGCGGAAUAAAUUUUACUGUGAUGGAAGGAUUAUGAUGGCCAAACAGACUGGGGUUUUCUACCUCACACUGGUCCUCAUCCUUGUAACCUGUGGGCUGUUUUUCACCUUUGACUGCCAAUACCUGGCAAAGGAGUUGACCCCCAUUAUCCCGGUCAUCGGAGGAGCUUUGUUUUUGUUUGUACUGGGGACACUGCUGAGAACUAGCUUCAGUGACCCAGGUGUCCUGCCAAGGGCCACCCCUGACGAGGCAGCGGACCUGGAGAGGCAAAUAGAUGUGGCUAAUGGCAGCACAGGCUACAGACCUCCUCCCAGGACCAAAGAGGUCGUCAUCAAUGGCCAGACGGUCAAGUUGAAGUAUUGCUUUACGUGCAAAAUCUUCAGACCACCACGUGCCUCCCACUGCAGCCUUUGUGACAACUGUGUGGAGCGUUUUGACCACCACUGUCCGUGGGUGGGGAACUGUGUGGGGAGGAGGAACUACCGUUUCUUCUACAUGUUCAUCCUCUCUCUCUCCUUCCUCACCAUCUUCAUCUUUGCCUUUGUCAUCACACACAUCAUUUUAAGUUCGCAUCAAAAAGGGUUUCUCAGUGCGCUGAAAGAUAGUCCUGCAAGUGUGCUGGAGGUGGUGGUGUGUUUCUUCUCGGUCUGGUCCAUAGUGGGCCUCUCAGGCUUCCAUACAUACCUGAUCAGCUCCAAUCAGACCACCAAUGAAGAUAUAAAGGGUUCCUGGUCUUCUAAAAGAGGGAAGGACAACUAUAACCCUUACAGCUAUGGAAAUAUAUUCACCAACUGCUGUGCAGCGCUAUGUGGACCCCUUCCACCGAGUCUAAUUGACAGACGACGUUAUGUCGAAGCAGACGCACCACAGCUGGCGGCUCCGACCAACGGCAUCACGAUGUACGGUGCCACCCAGUCCCAGCAAAGCCACAUGGUCAGUGCUGUUAAGACACAGUGUGAUCAAGACCAAUGCAUUCAGAGCACCAAAUUCGUUUUGCAGGCGGCAGCCACCCCCCUCCUCCAGCAGCAGACCAGCGAGCCGGUCAUCAUAACAUCUUCCACUGAGAACGGGACGUCUCUGCCCGCACGCGCCUCCCUCACCCUGGGCGGCCCCUGCUCUACGUUCCCCCUCGGCCAGCCUACCCCGCCUACAUCCACCCCCAGCCUAAGCUGCCAAGAGGCUGCCGACGUGCUGCCAAUCCACGGACACACACUAAACCACACCUACCCCCUGCAGGAGCAGGCGCCCCACCACCACUAUCUCACCCCAGAGGAGGUGCCCUCACCACCUGGUAUGCUUCACUGCGGCAGCCCGCUGGGACACAGCCACACUGUGCAGGCUGGCUUCUACAACCCUGCCAGCCAGGACUCGCUCCAUGAGGACUCAGUGAGGGGGCUGGUAAAGCUUAGCUCUGUCUGACAGCGGCGGAUACAAACCCAACACCUUCUGGAGACUUUAAACUCUCCUGAGCUCAUUUGUUUUUGAUUGACUACCCCCUUCAAUACAGACUCCAGCUGCUAGAAACUGGAACCUAACUGAACUGAAGGGAAACCUGUUGCCAUGAUGUUGCUGCAAGAGACGAGUUACGGUUCACGUAUCACAGCCCAAUAAGCUGAUAGGGUUUUUUUCUACUUCAAGGGAAGAUUAAGCAACUUUAACUUGGUGAUCUGCAAACUGGAGUUUGCAUUUCAAAGUGUGGUAUCUAUGUCCGUAAGCCAUGUCGAGCAAAAACUAAAGAAAAGUUUUAAAACUUCAGGUCAGAGAGCUGCAUUUCUGCCACUGGAUCAAACCGGCCUUUUGAGAAACAGAUUAAACCGACUUGCCUGUUGCUGAUCAGACCGCGUCUCCUGCCUUUAUUCUCAGCAUUGUGAUGGUUUGUCAAUAUGUUGCAUAUCAUUCUGCUAUUUCUAUGUUAAAGAAAUCAGAGACUGUUGUACUGUACCAUAGUUACAACUCUUACAAAUUAUAUUUCCUGUGGAUGUUAAUAAAACACUUUUUACCA